UCUUCUUCUCCAAAAUCCCACCUUUUAAACCCUAGGGAAAGCUUCCCGGGGUAUUAACAAGGACAUCGCUGCGCAUUCCCCAUUGGAGCAUCAAACCAGAUAUGCGCAGAAGGGGGCUCCUGCACCUUCUUCGUCGCUCAACUCCCAUUGCUCUUUCGACUUUCAAGCCUAAGAAGCAGGUCACUAUCCCUCCUUCACGUGCACCACCAUCGUCCCGCUUUCAUCCCUUUACCUCUCUUGAAUUCCCCAUUCAGUGCUUGUUGGACUCCAACAAUACCAGAUCCUUCUCCACCUCAUCGCCCGACGAUCUCGAGGGUCUGAUUGAUCCGGACGACCCGGUUUUGGCCGCAGCUUCUCGGGUCGAGGCCUUUUCAGCUACAGAGUUUGAGUUCCUGCGCGAGUCGUUGUCGGGUUCGAGGCACGGCAUUGAGUCCUCCGCGCAUGAUCUUGGUAAUGAUACGUGUGAAGACGAUGCUGUUUUAAUUGCAAAUGCCAUUGAAAAUUGCAAGAAUGGGUUUGGCGACGAAACUCAGAAGCUUCUCAGGCAGUUUAGAGAGAAAUUAAAUCCAUAUCUGGUGAUUAAGGUUUUGAAGAUUGUAAAAAACCCCGAAUUGGCUGUUAAGUUCUUUUCGUGGGCAGGUAGACAAAUUGGAUAUACUCAUACGGUGGUUGUGUAUAAUGCAUUGCUGGAAAGACUCGGUUGCAGCGAUAGUGAGAGAAUACCUGAGUCGUUUUGGAGAGAAAUAGGGGUCGAAGAUGCGGAAGUCCUCGGUAAGUUGCUUAAUGUUUUGAUUCAAAGAUGUUGUCGAAAUGGCUCGUGGAACUUAGCGCUGGAAGAACUAGGGAGGCUUAAGGAUUUUGGGUACAGACCAACUCAAUCGACGUAUAAUGCUUUGGUUCAAGUUUUUCUUAAAGCUGAUAGGUUAGAUACAGCUUAUUUAGUUCACAGGGAAAUGUCAGACUCAGGGUUUCAUAUGGAUGGCCAUACCUUAGGUUGUUUUGCAUAUUCUCUCUGCAAGUCAGGGAAGUGGAGGGAAGCCCUCGUGUUGAUUGAGAGUGAAGAAUUCCUUCCUGACACUGUACUUUACACAAAAAUGAUUGCCGGUUUAUGUGAGGCUUCCCUUUUUGACGAAGCUAUGGAGUUCUUGGAUAGGAUGCGCUCUAGUUGUUGCAUUCCUAAUGUUGUGACCUACAAUGUUUUGCUUUCUGGGUGUUUGAGGAAAAGACAGUUAGGCAGGUGCAAGAGGAUUAUCAGUAUGAUGAUUCCUGAGGGUUGUUAUCCAGGUCACCAAAUAUUUGUUUCUCUCGUUCAUGCUUUUUGUAAUUCGAGGGACUACUCUUAUGCAUAUAAGUUACUGAAAAAAAUGGUUAAAUGUGGGUAUCGUCCUGGUUAUGUGGUCUACAACGUAUUACUUGGUGGAUUAUGUGGUAAUGAGGAAUUGCCUGGCUCAGAUGUACUUGAAUUAGCUGAGAAUACUUACGAUGAAAUGCUGGAUGCUGGGGUCGUAUUGAAUAAAGUAAAUGUGACUAACUUUGCUCGUUGUCUCUGUGGGGCUGGAAAAUUUGAGAAAGCACAUCGCAUCAUUCGUGAGAUGAUGAGUAAAGGAUUCAUACCUGAUUGUAGCACAUACUCCAAAGUGAUCAGUUUCCUGUGCGAUGCAUCCAAGGUAGAUAAAGCGUUUACACUGUUCGAAGAGAUGAAGAGUAAUGACGUUGUUCCUGAUGUUUACACAUACACAAUUCUGAUUGAUAGUUUUUGUAAGGCUGGACUGAUUGAGCAGGCAUGUCGCUGGUUCGACGAGAUGGUGAGAGAUGGCUGUGCACCUAAUGUGGUGACUUACACUGCUCUCAUCCACGCUCAUCUCAAGGCAAAGAAGCUUUCUCGUGCAAAUCAACUCUUUGAGUCUAUGUUAUCUGAAGGUUGCUCUCCUAAUGUGGUUACAUAUACUGCUUUGAUUGAUGGUCAUUGUAAAGCUGGAGAAAUUGAAAAGGCAUGCCAAAUAUAUUCGAAAAUGAGGGGAAAUGCAAAUCUUGCCGAUAUAAAUAUGUAUUUUGGAGCAAGUGAAAAUGAAUUAACAGAACCGAAUGUUUUCACUUAUGGGGCUUUAAUUGACGGUUUAUGCAAAGCUCACAAGGUCAGAGAAGCUCGUGAAUUAUUAGAUGCCAUGUCAGUGGCAGGCUGUGAACCAAACCAAAUUGUCUAUGAUGCUCUCAUAGAUGGAUUCUGUAAGGUUGGGAAACUUGAUGAAGCGCAAGAGGUUUUUGCUAAGAUGUCAGAGUCUGGGUAUAGUCCCAAUGUGUAUACAUACAGUUCUUUGCUUGACAGAUUGUUUAAGGAUAAAAGGCUCGAUCUAGCUUUAAAAGUUUUAACCAAAAUGCUAGAGAACUCUUGUGUUCCUAAUGUCGUCACCUACACAGAGAUGAUUGAUGGCCUAUGUAAAGUGGGAAAGAAUGAUGAGGCAUAUAGACUUCUGGUGAUGAUGGAGGAAAAGGGUUGUCAUCCUAAUGUUGUGACUUAUACCGCAAUUAUAGAUGGUCUUGGUAAAGUGGGCAAAAUCAACAAAUGCUUUGAGCUUUUUGAACAGAUGCGUACUAAGGGUUGUGCUCCAAAUUUUGUGACUUAUGGGGUUUUAAUAAACCAUUGUUGUGCUGCUGGCCUUCUUGAUGAUGCUUAUAAACUUCUGGAUGAGAUGAAACUAACAUAUUGGCCUAGGCAUGUAGCUGGCUACCGUAAAGUCAUUGAAGGUUUUAAUCGUGACUUUAUAGUUUCUCUUGGGCUUUUAGAUGACAUGGGUGCCAGUGAUUCGGUGCCUCUUGUUCCGGUCUACAAUGUUUUGAUAGAUAAUUUUGUCAAGGCUGGACGAUUGGAGGUAGCUUUGGAUCUACAUGAAGAGAUCAGAUCAUCUUUAGUUAGUUUAGCUGGCUACAAAACAGUCUAUGCUUCACUUAUCGAAAGCCUCUGUCUUGCCGGUAAGGUUGAUAAGGCCUUUGAGCUGUAUGCAGACUUGAUAAAGCACGGUGGUAUUCCAAAGUUAAGCACAUUUGUAGACCUCAUCAGAGGCCUUGUCAAAAUCAAUAAAUGGGAUGAAGUUCUGCAGCUGUCAGACAGUUUAUACCAGAUGAAUGUUGUGUGGGUCAAAGAUGAAGGAACAGCUGUAAAAGGUUGACGUCACCUACUUUGCUAUGGCUUUCUGUUGAACCUACUGGCAUCAUGUAUGGAAACCCCAGAAUUUCGUGGUGUUGGACUGUUGAUAUUAUUACCAGGAAAAAUGGCCAUAGGUGCAAACCGCAAAGCAACUUGAAGGAAAAGAAAGGCGCAUAAGUUUCAGUGCCUGGAUAGGGCAUAUCUGUGCUAGGAGUGAAUAGUGAUUUGCUGAUGGAGUGAAUUCAACAUUCUGACAAAAUCAGACUACGUGAUGCUGUGAUGCUUUCUCCUGUUUGUUGAUGGAAACAAAUGAUCACAUGCCAUGCAGCAUGCAGUAGUAUCUGCGGCUGUUGCCACUGCUGGAGCAUCCAACCAUGACAAUGUGCAGGUUUGGUUUAGGUGACUUUGCGCUUCACUGAAGUGAAAUCAAAGAGCUGCCAAAGUUUGCUAGUAAGUAAUAGCCACAGGGUUGGGUGGGGUGUGGUGCAGGAAGUGCUCAGAUCAUCAGACUGGGCUUGGCUCAGAUCUACUCCCUCUAAUGAGACCUGGAUUUGUAGCAUGGUGAGAAGAGCCCCUGGACGCAGCUCUUACUUUUGGGGAUUUUCUUCAAUGCCAUGAGAGGUAGCGUUGUCUAGUCGCUGCCACAGGGAAUGAACAUUAAUAAUUAGUAGGAAACUUUCCAGACAGCCAUUUGGCUGAAGAUGUUUCCGGUGUUAAGGUCAUUAUGCUGCUGAGCAAGCUACCAUUGCUGAAAAAUUGCAGGGGGAGAGGACAUUUCUGUGGCACCAAGGUUAAGAGCCUCUGGGGUAGGUGUAGGGAGAAAUGCACCUUGAAAGAACUGUCCCUGCUUUCUUCUUGUUUGAAUCCUAGUCUUUUGGCGUUUAUCUAGUCGUAUGAAUGGGAUCAAGAGGAGAUGCAUGAGAUUCUUCCUAUCCUGGGUAAUUGAAGUAUACCUCACUAAUUCACUAAGCACUUCUAUGCUUCCAAAGUUGUUCUACUCCGCUCUAUGUCGGAUGAGGAGGGAUGUAUUUAGUCCUGAGGCAUUACUGGGAGCAGUUACAAACAGUGUGGACAAAAGUUGUGUCUGCUACUUUAUCCAUUGAAGCCAAGCCCGAAUCAGCAAGAAUGUAUAUUUUAUUCGGUGAAAAA